ACAUGCUCCCACUUUAUCUUGCCUUCCACCUCCUGCUAUCACCUUCGUCGCUCGCUCACUUCCACGACCACGGUGAAGCGAGUCCACGUGAGUGAAAGCCGGGGGAAGGUAUUCACCGCUCAGUAUCACACGAUCCGCCUGGAGCAGCAACGCCAGCCAAAUCGUCCACCUUGACUCGCCUGGAGCUCUUUGUUGAAUCCUCCAGGCUCACACAUCCGACUCGACAUAACUUUGCGAGGGCUACGCGGAUAAUAAUGUCGCUCGCAAACUCUCUCUCCAAGUUUCGUAGCGAGAUAUCCGACGCUGCUGCGCGGAACGCACAAUAUUCUCGCCCACCAUCCAACAACCCCGCCUCUCGUUCAAGCACUUCAAAGGCCGGAAGCGACAACAACAAGCGCGCUCACGAAGUUGCCUUCGCUCCUGCUCCUGCUACCGUGGCACCAGCCGGCCAUGCAGGGACGGAACUCCUCACACAAGUCUUCAACGCGGUGAAAUAUCUCAAAGAGAAGGAGAGCAAGCCGGUCACUUUCGACAACCUGAUCGGCUAUCUCAGUCUUCCCAACGAUGCGCAAAAGAACAUUCCUCUCAUCAAGCGCGCCCUCCUGCAGCAUGAACGCGUGGACUACAUCUCCAAAGCGGAGAGCGGGAUGGGAAAGGAAGGGUUCAAAUACCGCCCUUUCCACCCCGUCACGAACGCCGAAGAACUGAAGUCCUACCUCGCGAUCCAACCCACCGCGCAAGGCAUCUUUGUCAAAGACCUCAAAGAUGGCUGGCCAGACUGUGUACCCGCCAUAGACCAGCUCGAACGAGAGGGCUUCCUCCUCGUCGCGCGCAACAAGAAAGACAACGCACCCAAGACCGUCUGGCCCGACUCACCCACCUACCACAUUCUCAAUUCAGUCACGCAAAUGCCACAAAAGGUUGACGCCGAGUUUGUCGAGGUGUGGGCAAAGACGAAGCUACCCGCCAGUGAAAUCGAGAUCCGAAACGAGCUGGAGAGGGCGGGCUUGGUGCCUACCAGCCAGGUGAAGGAGGUGAAGCGAUUCGACGUCAAGAGGAAGGAAAAGAGGAGGAUCAAUCGGAAGGGCGGCAAGACUACUAACAGUCAUAUGCUGGGUAUCCUGAAAGAUUAUUCCAAGAAGUAGCGAGGUCGUGAGCACACUGAUGACUUAGCGAUGGUGUUGGGGUAACAAUCGUCACUUUGCGGACUUGGAAGAUCAUAGCCGGUCCACUGAUUGGAAUUAAGUACGAAA